AUGAACUUCUCAAUGGGCCCAUCUUUAUGUGAACUCACUUCAACGUCUUCAUCUGAUUUCUGCGUUGUGUGUGGAGACAAGGCGAUAGGAAAGCAUUAUGGCGCGAUUGCUUGUAACGGUUGCAAAGGUUUUUUCCGCAGAAGGUAGGACAAAAACCAUUGUCCCGAAGGAAAAAAGUUCGUUUAGUGUUUGGCAAAACCUGCAAUACACUUGCCGGUUCAACAAGCAGUGCAACAUCGAUAAAGACCACAGAAACGCUUGCAGAUACUGUAGGUUUCAGAAAUGUCUGGCAGACGGCAUGAAGCCUGAAGGUUAGUUUUUGAAUCCUCUUUAAGAUGGAAAAGAUAACUUUCAGCCAUUCAAAAUGAAAGAGACCGCAUUGGAAGCACAAAAAGAAGAAAACGCAGUGCAGUUAGUUCCGAGAACAAUUCAGACUGUGAAGGAAGCCCGAAUCUAAAAAUGGUCAAACUUUUUGUUUGAAUCAGUGUUUUACAGAUUAUCUUUCAGGAUAACAGUUCUUUGGCUUCACGGAGGUUGAUUGAAAUGCUGAUGGACAUUGAAAACCGGCUUGUGAGCAACCAAAGCAUGAACGCCUUGCUCAGAGACGACAGUGACCAGAGGAAUAGUCGUCAGAGGGCGGUCAAUCAUCUGAUUGGCUGGACCAAUAUGCUUCAUCCCCUGCAAGAAGUUAUCUUCGAUGAUAAGGCAUGUUGCCCUUUCGAUUUCUAACAGAUGAGAAAAAACGGAGUAAAUAGCGAAACCAUUUCACUUUUCAAGUUGGCUUGUUUGCACUUUGAGGAACCAAAACCGCAAUGUUAGACGAAAUAACGUUCACAAAGUUGGAAGUGAUGUGAAAUUGCGUCACAGACCGCGCUCUUUACCGAAUUCUCGUGCAGCGGCGCAAUCUUCAUAGUAUCUCUCUCACGACUCAUCACACCGUUGCAGAAAAACGCUCAAACAAAGCAAAUAAAUAAAAUGUUACCGUAAGAUUACAGAUUCUUCUCCUCAAGAAGUACGCCCCGGCUUUUACGCUACUGGGGACGAUGCAACGAAGCAUCGCUUUGCCGCAUUUAGUGCUGCCCAACGACCAGCUUCUGAGCAUUUCCUCCGAACAAUCACCGGAUGUGAUUUCUGCUCUCACUCGCGUCCUCGAUGAGCUUUUGACCCCUCUCCGUCGUUUGCACACAGAUCAGGCGGAGUUCAGUUGCUUGAAGGUAAUCUGGGACCCGAAUCUUUGAAACACGAAUCUUCUUCAGGCUCUCCUUCUGCUGAGUCCUGACGCCGUCGGCAUCACUCAAGCCUCUCGUGAGAAGCUCCGAGAAGCCCGCGACGCCUUGUUAAAAGCGCUUUUCACUUACCUCAACCAAGCUUAUUCCACUGUUGACGCUUCUUUAAGGUUUUUCCUUUUUUCUCAUUAACCCUUCUGAUCAGAAAGUUUACAGAGUUUCGUCUCUUCUAAUGAUCAUCCCUUCCUUGAUCUCAGUUAGUCAUGUCCUUAUGGAAAACGCCGCUCUUAGUGAGCUAUUUGGACUUGGGGACAGUUCAAAAGACGCUAAUCUCCCUUUAAAAAGGUACAUCAAAAAAGAUUGCUGUUGAUUCUAUGGAUCUGGUUUCAGCGAGUCUCCACUGGUUGUUAUGUCAAAUACUCGGGUACCCGUGACUUUUGCUCAAAGUGUCCAACAGAGUGCGACAUCCCUUCUGUUGAACAAGGACGCUUUGUCGCAGUUUCUUGCCUCUCAGCAACUUCUUCCGAUUCUAUCUGGUUUCACCUCGACUUCGCCGCCGGCAUCCUCGCCAAAUCUCUCGAACUCCGCCGUUUACAGCAACUCGGCCACGGUGAGUGUUUCUUGGCUACCGUAAUCAGCCCGCGAAUAAAACAAUUAACAACUCUUCUUUCAGCAGUUCAACCCGUCUUUGGGCCAGCUGCCAGUGAAGGUCAUCAUUUCUUAA